UCUUCAGUUGAUUUUCCCCGAAAAAUUUAUAAAAUUACAAAAAAAUGGGGGAAGUUUGGAUUUCUGAGACGAUUUAUUGUCGUCUCUGCUUGAAUGAGGACCAAAAUUCAACGAAUUUCAUCGAAGUCAACGAUAAAAGCUACAAAAUCAACGAAAAAAUCCAAAAAUUAUUCAAUUUUGUGUGGGAUGAAGUCGAAUUUUCUACUUUCAUUUGCAUCGAAUGCUGCCAAAAAAUCACCGACAUCGUCGAUUACGUGCAAAAAGUCGAACGGAACCAAGAAAAGCUCAAAAGGAAGCACAUCAAGAAGGAAGACGUCAAGUCCGAGACCUACAACGACGAAGAAGACAUCGAAUUUGUGGCUGAAAGUGCAGAUUACUUCCCCGAAGUCAAAUUUGAGGAUCAUGAAAGUGACGAAAAGAAAGUCCCCGUUGCGAAAAAGCUCAAAAAAUCCCCGCUCGAGGACUAUUUGUGUGAUAUUUGCUCCAAAUCGUUCAGCAAAAAGACGUAUUUAGUGAGGCACAUGCAGAAACAUCUCGCGGGCGACGCAGCAAAAGACAAAAAUUUCGAUUGUGAGUUGUGUAGCAGAUCGUUUCCGACGUUGACGGGCUUGUCGGUGCACAAGGCGCAAGGACACGAGGUUUCUGUCGACAUUUCCGAGUACCUGUUUUGCGAAUUGUGUCCCAAAACGCCGACUUUUGGGACUUUUAACGACAUGCAUGAGCAUUACAUGGCCGUGCAUCACGUGAGAGGCUAUGCGAGAUGCUGCACGAAGAAAUUUCUGACGAAACGGAGUGUGGUUUAUCAUGCUCAAGUGCAUUCGAGACCCAUGGAUUUCUUAUGUCCCGUGUGUAAAAAAAUGUUCCCGAACAAGUAUUCCUUGACAAAUCACAUGGCGCGACACAAACCUGAGGAAGAAAAGCAGUUUGAAUGUGAAAUUUGUGGAAAAAGGUUCGCUCUGGAGUACGAUAAAAAGGUUCAUCUUAAAAAUGUGCAUGAAAGAGACUCCGAAGUUGAAAAAGCUACAUGUACCGAAUGUAACAAAACAUUUGCGUCGAAACUCUCUCUGUACCUCCAUAAUCGACGAUUUCAUAUGAAUCUCGCGCUGCCAAUGUGUGAAACUUGCGGCAAACAGUGUCGAUCGAAGGCAGAUUUGCGUUCCCAUAUAAGAUCUCGCCACACAGACAUCCCAAAAACGAAAUGUGACAUCUGUGGCAAUAUGGUAAAGAACAUGAAAAAGCACUUGCAGAUCCAUGAAGAGUCAAAACUCAACAUAAAAUGUGAUAUUUGUGAUCAUAAGACGACAACUUUUAAAUAUCUGAAGCUUCAUAUGAAAAUUCACAACGAUGAAAAACCGUACGUUUGCUCAACAUGUGGCCUCUCCUUCAAACGCAAAAAAGCUCUUAACGACCACAUGAGUCUCCACAGUGGCAUCCCGCGUCAUUUUUGCAAUUAUUGCGAUCGAACAUUCAACAAUUCCGGCAACAAAUUCAAACAUAUCAAGCAAGCGCAUCCCGUGGAAGCGGAAAAAAAUCGACGAAAUCGAGGUCUGAAGGCUAUUGGACAACAACCAACGAACACGUCUGAAGUAGAACUCACCGAACCGAUUAUUAUUGCUUACGAAGUGAAUCUGGAUUCAACUCAAACAAGCUAA